AGGGGGAAAGAGAAUGAAUUCUAUUUUGGACAAGUUAAGUUUGAGAUGCCUACAGGGUAUCUGCUUUGAAAUGUCCAUUAGGCAGUUAGUGAUUUGAAACUGGAGACUCGGGUGGAUCUUCAGAUCUGGGAGUCACCUGUGAAAAGGCAAUACUCGAAUCCAUAAUCGAACUGAUGACGUCAACAAAAUAAAGUGUAGAGAAACCAGGGGUCCCUUGCUAAAUCCUUGGCCUAUACCCACAGGCAGGGGGCCUUCUGAGGCUGAUAAUGUAACAAAGGAGACUGAGGAGUGCUUGGAUAGGCAGGAGAAGCAAGACAAACCAGUGUCACAACAGGAGAUUGGAAUCCAGCAUCAGAUGCUGAAGAGUUGUCAUGAAGGGCUGACAAAUGGCCGUUGGAAUGAGCAAUAAGGACAUCAUUAGUGACUUUGGAGAGAGUAGUAUUGGUUGUGUGAUGUUUGGAUUCAGAUUUCAAGGGAUUAAUCGAGUGAAAGGAGAGGAAAUGGAGACAGCAGAGGUAAUGGACGUUGUUUAUCUGGCUUGUAUACUUAAGUUCCAGAAGAUGAGAGUAAUAAGGUUUGGAUUGUAGAGGAAGAAAGCCAGCCAUUCAGCUUCUUGGAAAAGGAGGAAAGAUGGCCCAGAUGUAACAGCACCUGGAUCUGCUGAGCUAGGACGAUGCAAGGAACCUCCAAAGGACUUUAUGGAGUUGUAAGGAACAAGAAGUAUGCUGGUCCUCUCCUUUCUGUUCUCUGGGCAGCAUCUGCUUCUGUCACCCAGUGAGCCCAGGAGAGAAAGAAGGUGCGCUCGGCUUGGUCAUUCCAAUCGGCCGUGCGGGGCGGCGGCAUGGAGUGGGAACUCAACUUGCUGCUCUACCUGGCCCUCUUCUUCCUGCUGCUCUUCUUACUCUUCCUGCUGCUCUUCGCCGUCAUCAAGCAGCUGAAGAAUUCCAUCGCUCACACGGCCGGGGUGCUGCAGCCGGGCCGCCUCUCGCUGCCCCGGGAGCCCUGGGGCUUCUGCCGCGAGCAAGCGGUGUGAGCCAGCGAGG